AUGGAGCAAAACUCGAGAGCACAGGAUCAGGACCUGCAUCACAUUUGGAUCGUCAUCGGACCCGCCGGUUGUGGCAAGACGACUGUCGGAAUGGAACUAAGUAAAGAGCUACAAAUGGACUAUAUUGAAGGUGACGAUUAUCAUCCAAGAAACAACAAAGAGAAGAUGGAGAAGGGUCAACCCCUCGAUGACAAUGAUCGAAAAGGGUGGCUGGUAUCGCUGCGUGAGGCUGCCAUGGAGUCUCUCCAGACAUCUUCUGGUGUUGUGAUGAGCUGUUCCGCUUUAAAGAAGAAGUACCGCGACAUUAUGCGUGGAGCAGCAGACGAACACCCAACAGUCAAAAUCCACUUCAUCUUCCUGAAUGCUGAGGAAGAAGUGCUUCACAAGCGAGUCACAGCGCGGAAGAGUCACUUUAUGCCGCCCAGUCUCGUUUGCUCACAGGUGAAAACUCUAGAAAAACCAAAUCGGGACUCGGAACCGGAUGUGGUAACCGUGCCGUGUGACGAUAGCCGGGCUGCAGUACGGGAACGUGUCUUUGCUGCAGUAAAUAAAAUUAUGGAGGAUUAUAAUUGA